AACGGUGCGCGCGCGCGCACGCUUGCAAAUUCGUCGGGCCAAACAAACCAGCAGUCGAAAACAUUACAUCAUAGCUAGAACUAAGGAACCAAACAUCAGUAACUUUCCGCAUAGUUAAAACCUAGUCCUGAAAAUGCUGUCCUACUUGUACACUUACCUGACCAACCUGCCCCGGUGGCAUCUGGUAGCAAUAGUUCUAGUAGGCUAUCUCAUCUACUACCUGAUGGAAGUGGUCAAGCGCCCUAUUCUUGCCGUCUCGAAUGGACCGUUCAAGAAGUACCUCCGCAAACACAUCCCAACGCUGGAGAACAAAUUUUGGCCCACGUUCUGGUGCGUGGAAAGUCGUGCACAAACCGUGUUUGCCAGUAUCAUCCGGUCGAACAUUAUGCCGCUGGUCGAGUAUAGGCGCGAGGUGCUAACGCUGAAGGACGGUGGCCAGGUGGCGCUUGACUGGCUGGAGACGGGCUGUGAUCCGGAGGCACCGAUCAUCAUCAUACUGCCCGGGCUGACGGGUGAAUCGCAAGCCGAGUACAUCAAGUGCCUGGUGACGGCCGCCAACCGCAUCGGCAUCCGGACGGUAGUGUUCACCAACCGUGGGCUCGGCGGUGUCGCACUGAAGACGCCCCGCCUCUACUGUGCGUCCAACUGUGAGGAUCUGGCCGAGGUGGUGAAGUACGUGAAGCAGACGCACCCGCACGUACGGAUCGGUGCGACCGGUAUCUCGAUGGGUGGUUUAAUUCUCGGCAACUAUCUGGCCCGCCACAGCGACGAAGCGAAAUCGAUCCUGACCGCGGCCACAAUUAUCUCCGUACCGUGGGACGUACACAAGGGUUGUGCCAGCAUUGAGCAGCCCAUACUGAACAAUCUGCUCGGUAGGCAUCUAGCCUCGAGCCUGUGCCGAACGGUGAGCAAGUAUGAUAUACUGCGAGGCGAAGAGUUCGACUGGGACAUGAACCAGGUGCUACAGAGCAAAACCAUCAAACAGUUUGACUCAGCGUUCACGUCGAAACAUUUCGGCUACAAGGAUGUGGACAGCUACUACACGGACGCGACGCUGCACAACAAACUACACCAGAUUAAAGUGCCUUUGCUGUGUCUCAGUGCGGCGGACGAUCCGUUCCAGCCGCUCGAAGCGAUCCCGGUAAAGGCGGCCGCCAAUUCGUCCCACGUCGCCAUCCUGAUAACGGCGCGCGGUGGCCAUAUUGGAUUCCUGGAGGGUUGGUGGCCCGCCAACAAGGAUCAGUACAUGGGUCGGCUGUUUAGUCAAUACUUUUCCGCUGCCCUGUUCGAUCCGGACAAUGAGUUUUACCGCACCGCCCAGCUAAUGAUGGAGCACAACCUGACCACGUCCACGUCGGUGCCGGGAACGCCGACAAACAAACCGGCUAUGGCUGCUGCCAGUGCCAUACGGAAAAAGUCCAUCCCGUUUUAAUGGAGGUUGUCUGUACGGUGGGUUGAGUUGUGAGUUCGGUACGAUAUGGGACACAAUUCCAACCACGCCUAGAAUGCCUUCAUCGCUUGCUUGCUAUGCGCGGCAUGAAUUUCUGGUGUGGUGUAGUGAUAGGUGCGAAAUAGUAGGCAGCUUAAUCUUCGCUUAGUCGACCACCGUGUCGCAUGCGUGAUCCUGUUACUAAGCGAAAGUAAGCAACGAAUGCACCAGGGCAACAGCAGAGAUCAUGAAUCAUGCAGGGUGCGUAGUAGAAUAUUCUUUCCUCUAACCAAUCAAUUAUUACGUCCAGCCAGCGUUUGCGCCUUUUAAAAGCCCACGUAAAGCUUGACGCAGAUUGCAAUCGAUUGCAAGGUGGUUGGGGUAGGUUGUUGCAAAAAAAAAAUACAAA